AUGUCGUACAACCAAAGUAUAUACGAAGGCUGUCAAGCCAUCAUCCCGGGUAUCAACACUGAUUAUAACUAUGUUCCAUCACGGGGAGCUGGUAUCGCCUUCUGUGUGCUCUUCGGACUGUCGAUGAUCAUCCACACUGUUCAACUUUGUUGGACGCGAACAUGGUGGGCCAGUGUUUUCAGCAUUGGUGCGAUGGUGGAAUUGAUUGGAUGGGCUGGAAGAGCCUGGUCAUCUAGUUGCCCAUAUAAUACAACAGCAUUCUUAAUGCAAAUUUCCACCCUGAUCAUCGCUCCAACCUUCUUCACAGCAGGCAUCUACGUGAUCCUAGGUCGCUUCAUCCAAAUUCUAGGCCCAGAAUCCUCCUUACUCAGUCCAUCCCUAUACCUCUGGAUCUUCUGCACCUGCGACAUCCUCUCACUCGUCAUCCAAGCUAUUGGCGGCGGUAUCGCCUCCGUCCAAGCAACAGCAGUUAACGGAAACACCGCGCCAGGCACGCAUAUCAUGGUUGCUGGUAUCGUCUUCCAGCUUUUCUCCAUCAGUGUCUUCGUCAUUUGCGCUUUGGACUUCACUCGCCGUUGCAUGCGCCGCGGCCUCUGGAAUCAAUUGGAUAAGAAGUCCUAUGCGCUUUUCGCCGCUACGACUUUCUCUGUGCUCUGCAUCUAUGUUCGAAGUAUCUAUCGUACUGUUGAGCUUUCAGAGGGUUGGUCCGGUUUCUUGAUUACCCAUGAGAGUUAUUUUAUUGGACUCGAUGGUGCUAUGAUGAUUCUUGCUGUGGCUGUCUUCAAUUUUCUGAAUCCUGGCUGGCUGAUCCCUAAGAGUAAGAUCAUGCACAAUACGGAUGAAAUGGAUAUGGCUCAAUCUUGA